AUGAGCACCACCAUCAACCCAAUCAUUCCAGGCUUUGCACCGGACCCAUCUGUCGUACUAGUUGAUGGCACAUACUAUCUCGUCAACUCGACAUUUCAUCUCUUCCCCGGUUUGCCCAUCUAUACGUCUCAGGAUCUAAUUCACUGGCACCAAAUCGGCAACGCAAUCAAUCGGACCGAACAGCUCAGCUUCUCCAAUGCUUCAACGCUGAUACACGAUUUGGGUAAUGGAGACCAUUUGUAUGCAACAGGCGGUUUGUAUGCGCCUACGAUACGGCACCACAAUGGUACUUUCUACAUUGUAUGCACAAACGUGGUAAACCCCAGCGAUGGGGGAAAAAGCAAACUCGAAAACUUCAUUAUUUCGAGCACAGACAUCCACGCCAGCAAAUGGAGUGAUCCUGUCCCGUUUGAGUUUUACGGUAUAGACCCUAGUCUCUUCUUCGACACCGUGUCGGGCAAAACAUACAUGUGCGGUUCGAAAUCCCCGGGGCCAAGCACAAAGAUCACUCUGUUUGAAAUCGAUGUUGCGACGGGUGAGAAGCUCAGUCCCGAGAAGGAACUUUGGCAUGGGACUGGCGGUAUUUAUCCAGAAGGUCCGCAUAUUUACUACCGUGAGGGGUUCUAUUACCUCAUGAUUGCCGAGGGUGGCACGCACGAAGGCCAUAGUGUGACAAUGGCGCGGAGUAAGAGCCUGGAUGGACCGUGGGAAGCAUCACCCCGUAACCCUAUGCUCACCGCUGCUGGAACGGACGAGUAUGUGCAGUGUACAGGUCAUUGUGAGGCGUUCGAGGGUAUGGGCGGGAACUGGUAUGGUGUCUGUCUGGCGAUACGGAUGCAUGCCCCCAACAUGUAUGGACUGGGUAGAGAAACCUUUCUCACGCGUGGACAUUGGGAUUCGGGAAAUUGGCUUUCCUUUGACCGCGUCAAGGCUCAGCCUUUAAACAUCGACACAACACUGGAUCCCGCGAGGAAACUUACAGCGGCACCAGGUGUAGAUUGGCUCUACAUCCACGACCCAGUCGCCUCAAACUGUAACAUCUCCACUUCCACCUCUUCCUCUACCGGCCAAGACAUCUCACUAAUACCCUCGCCACAUCUUCUCUCCUCAGCAAACGCAUCUCCAACUUUCCUCGGAAAACGCCAGCGCAGUCUGGAGGGAGCAAGCCGCGUCACGCACCUCACCUCCGCCUCCUCCCCCCAAAAUCUCACAGCAGGACUAGCCGUCUACAAAGACGAACACCGAUUCUUCUACAUCGCCGUGCACCGUCAGACGAACAAGCAACCUGCGAUUGUAGCUAAAGUAGUUAACAAGGCGCAAGGUAUUGAUAGGAUGGAGGAGCGGAGGCUCGAGCAGGAGGAUGUACUAGGAAAUGAAAUUGUGUUUGAGAUCAAGUAUACAGAGGAAGCGUACACGCUUUUGUACAGUGUGGGAGGUGGAGAGAGAGAGAUGGUAGAGGUGUGCCUGCUUGAGAGUCUAGAGCCCAAAGAUAGCAAUACAAUCGUUGAUCCACAGCCUCCACCCGACACUGCUCACGCAGUUACAUAA